AUAAGUGACAGAGAAAGAGGAAGAGUGGAUAGCUGGAACGAGUAGAGAGAGAAAGAGAGAGAGCAAUGGCGUGUUGAGUGGGUGAAGAACUCACAGUCUCUCUUUACUCCCCUACCAAAGAUACGUUUAUUUGUUCACAUUGAGAAGGGAUCCCGACAGAUCUACUGUCAUUUCUGAGAAAACUGGCAUAUCGAAAACAUGGAAGCGAAUGCCGGAAUGGUGGCCGGUUCGCACCGGAGAAACGAGCUGGUUCGGAUUCGCCACGAUUCAUCCGAUAGUGGGCCCAAACCUCUGAAGCAUUUAAAUGGCCAGAUGUGUCAGAUCUGUGGUGAUACAGUUGGACUCACUGCCAGUGGUGAUGUAUUUGUUGCUUGCAAUGAAUGUGGUUUUCCAGUUUGCCGUCCUUGCUAUGAGUAUGAGCGGAAGGAUGGAAGUCAAUCUUGUCCUCAGUGCAAGACCAGAUACAAAAGGCAGAAAGGAAGUCCUCGUGUUGAUGGGGAUGAUGAUGAGGAUGAUGUUGACGAUUUGGAGAAUGAGUUCAAUUAUUCUCAAGGAAAUAACAAGGCAAGACGUCAGUGGCAGAGUGAAGAUGGAGAAUUUUCAUCAUCCUCUAGACAUGAAUCUCAACAACCGAUUCCUCUUCUCACCCAUGGCCAUACGGUAUCUGGGGAGAUUCCUACACCUGACAACCAAUCUGUUAAAACUACAUCAGGUCCUUUAGGCCCUUCCGAGAAGAAUGUUAAUUCUUCUCCUUAUGUUGAUCCAAGGCAGCCAGUUCCGGUUAGAAUUGUUGACCCAUCAAAAGACUUGAACUCCUAUGGGCUUGGAAAUGUUGAUUGGAAAGAAAGGGUUGAAGGUUGGAAGCUCAAACAGGAGAAGAAUAUAGUGCACAUGACCAACAGAUACCCUGAAGGGAAAGGAGACAUAGAAGGCACUGGUUCAAAUGGAGAAGAACUUCAAAUGGCUGAUGAUGCUCGACAACCUCUGAGUCGUAUAGUGCCUAUUUCUUCAUCUCACCUGACCCCUUAUCGUGUUGUGAUCAUUCUUCGGCUUAUCAUUUUGGGCUUCUUCUUACAAUAUCGUGUAACUCAUCCCGUGAAAGAUGCAUACCCAUUGUGGCUGACCUCAGUUAUCUGUGAGAUUUGGUUUGCCUUAUCUUGGCUUCUAGAUCAGUUUCCAAAAUGGUCUCCCAUCAAUCGAGAGACUUAUCUUGACAGGCUGGCAUUAAGAUUUGAUCGGGAAGGUGAACCAUCACAACUAGCUCCAGUUGAUGUGUUUGUCAGUACAGUGGACCCCCUUAAGGAGCCUCCUCUUGUAACAGCAAACACUGUUCUGUCAAUCCUUGCUGUGGACUACCCUGUGGACAAAGUAUCUUGCUAUGUUUCAGAUGAUGGUUCAGCAAUGUUGACUUUUGAAGCCCUUUCUGAAACUGCAGAAUUUGCAAGGAAGUGGGUGCCUUUUUGCAAGAAGCACAACAUUGAGCCCAGAGCCCCAGAGUUUUAUUUUGCCCAGAAGAUAGAUUACUUAAAGGACAAAAUUCAGCCUUCUUUUGUUAAAGAACGCCGAGCGAUGAAGAGAGAAUAUGAGGAAUUCAAGGUGCGUAUUAAUGCCCUUGUUGCAAAAGCUCAGAAAAUGCCUGAAGAAGGUUGGACAAUGCAGGAUGGUACUCCCUGGCCUGGAAAUAAUCCCAGAGACCAUCCAGGAAUGAUCCAGGUCUUCCUGGGCCACAGUGGAGGUCUUGAUACUGAUGGAAAUGAGCUGCCUCGACUUGUUUAUGUUUCUCGUGAGAAGCGACCGGGCUUCCAACAUCACAAGAAAGCCGGUGCCAUGAAUGCAUUGAUUCGAGUUUCAGCUGUGUUGACCAAUGGAGCAUUUCUGUUGAACGUGGAUUGUGAUCACUACUUCAAUAACAGCAAAGCUCUUAAAGAGGCCAUGUGUUUCUUGAUGGAUCCUGUUCUUGGAAAGAAGACCUGCUAUGUACAAUUCCCACAACGUUUUGACGGCAUUGACUUGCAUGAUCGAUAUGCCAAUCGUAAUAUCGUUUUCUUUGACAUCAACUUGAAAGGGCUGGAUGGUAUCCAGGGACCGGUCUACGUGGGAACUGGUUGUUGUUUCAAUAGGCAAGCUCUAUAUGGAUAUGAUCCUGUUUUGACUGAGGCAGAUUUGGAGCCAAAUAUUAUUGUGAAGAGUUGUUGUGGCUCAAGGAAGAAGGGAAAGAGUGGGAAUAAGAAGUACAUUGACAAGAAGAGGGCAAUGAGAAGAACUGAAUCCACUGUUCCUAUUUUCAAUAUGGAAGACAUUGAAGAGGGUGUUGAAGGGUAUGAUGAUGAGAGGUCUCUUCUCAUGUCUCAGAAGAGCUUGGAGAAGCGUUUUGGUCAAUCCCCAGUAUUCAUUGCCGCCACCUUCCAGGAACAGGGAGGAAUUCCACCAUCAACCAACCCUGCAACUCUUCUUAAAGAGGCAAUCCAUGUCAUUAGCUGUGGAUACGAGGACAAGACUGAGUGGGGCAAAGAGAUUGGAUGGAUCUAUGGUUCUGUGACGGAAGAUAUUUUAACUGGGUUUAAAAUGCAUGCCCGUGGUUGGAUAUCAAUCUACUGCAUGCCUCCUCGCCCUGCAUUCAAAGGGUCUGCACCUAUCAAUCUUUCUGAUCGUUUGAACCAGGUUCUUCGGUGGGCCUUAGGGUCUAUUGAGAUUCUGCUCAGUAGGCAUUGUCCCAUAUGGUAUGGCUACAACGGAAGAUUGAAGCUUUUGGAGAGACUUGCAUACAUUAACACCAUUGUCUACCCCCUAACAUCUAUCCCAUUGCUGGCUUACUGUACACUCCCUGCUUUUUGCCUUCUGACUGGAAAGUUCAUCAUUCCUGAGAUAAGCAAUUUUGCUAGCAUGUGGUUCAUUCUUCUCUUCAUCUCUAUCUUUGCUACCGGAAUACUUGAGCUUCGUUGGAGUGGUGUUAGUAUCGAGGACUGGUGGAGGAAUGAACAGUUCUGGGUCAUUGGUGGUACAUCAGCUCAUCUUUUUGCAGUCUUCCAAGGGCUUUUGAAGGUACUUGCAGGAAUUGACACCAACUUCACUGUCACGUCAAAGGCCUCUGACGACGAUGGGGAUUUUGCAGAACUUUAUGUGUUUAAAUGGACAUCUCUUCUAAUCCCUCCAACUACAGUCCUCUUAGUGAAUAUGGUGGGAAUUGUUGCUGGUGUGUCUUAUGCCAUAAACAGUGGCUACCAAUCAUGGGGUCCUCUAUUUGGUAAGCUUUUCUUUGCCAUCUGGGUCAUUGCCCAUCUUUAUCCUUUCCUGAAAGGUUUGCUGGGCCGGCAAAAUCGGACACCCACCAUCGUCAUUGUCUGGUCAAUCCUUCUUGCCUCCAUUUUCUCCUUGCUUUGGGUCCGGAUUGACCCCUUCACUGCAGGCACCAACAAAGCUGCAAAUGGUCAAUGUGGCAUCAAUUGUUAAUUUGUUACAAGGCCAUAAAAGCCGGGUCUCUCUCCUUCGAGCUCACUCGUGUAUAUAACAGGAAAGUCAAGAGGAUUACCAAAAUGUCAACACCAUCUAAAUUAUAUACCGUUCUUGAAUGGAAGUACUUUUGCCUGGAGCUUUUGAUGGAUGAUGAAGGAGAAAAGUAUUUUGUAUGAUUUUUUUAGGGGUAUAAUCUAUAGUUCUAGCAAGCUUCUAUGGUGGAUCUCCAAAUACUAUUUGUACUCAUUGCAGACCUAAAAUUUAAACUUUGUGGUGUUAUUGUGCAGCCUUCUGUAAUUCUAUUCUAAAUGGUUUUUUGGUUCAGAACAUAUGGAUAUUGGAUAGUAUCUGUUCAUCUAA